AUGAAAGAAUGCCCUCCAGGGGCACCAGCAUCCCGGUCAACACCUCACAGGCGGGCCGGUAAGCACCGGGUCCCUAAACACCUCCAAACGGGCACCCACUGGGACGACAAGACACACAAAGAACUCAUGUACGCCAUCCGCAGCCCCAGUCGAAAAGGCUUGUACCGAAAGGACAUGCCAAAGCAUGAGAUGGCGCGCGCUUUGGCUGAGGAUGACAAGCUUAGGAAGCGCGCGCGGAUGAAACAGAAUAAGGAGAUGGAGAAGAGAAUGCAGGAAGUUAGGGGGAAGAGGGCGGAGAUUGAGAAGGCGAAUGAACAGGCGAGAGCGAUGGCAAGGAGGGAGAGGGAAAGGGGAAAAAAGAGGGCGGAUGGGGAGGAAGAUGUUUCUGAUACAACUGUCGAAAAGGAAAGCCAGGUUACUGAGUAUACUAUUCAGGGCGUAGAGAAGCUUGGGACGAUGGCGAGUAGUGAGGAUGGAGAUACGUGGAGCGAGAGCGAUGAGUCCUCAGAUCCAGGAACUACACCAUCAGUCUCGCCAACAUUUCCCCAUCAGAAGUUGAGGAUUUAUGAAUGGCCGUUACCAGACAUGCCAAGCCCCGGUCCGCCACCUUCGCCGUAUACGCCUGGAGGGACUGAAAAACAAGACGUGUCUCCUGAGGUCCUGCCUUUUAAAAUCCCUUAUGCGGUUAUGAAUUUAGUGACGAGUGUCACGAGAGAGACGCUGGAGCUGCCUGGACGGGCGAUUCCACACGGGGUGGGAGCAAAUUUCGUACCUAAGCUAUCCCAGGAAGUCAUCGACGCCGCACGCAACGGUUGUUUGAUCCGUAUGCUGCGAAAAGCGAAAAUUGAAAGUGGGUUAGGCUGGGCUGCUCGUACGCAGGUGCAGGGGUGGAAUGGG